AUGGCCCUUCCCAGCUCGCUGCUGUCAAGCCUGUCCUCAGACUGUCAUCAUUUCUUGCAGCCCACGUUUAAUUUACACCAUCAGACCUUGUCUACUAUCAAGACACUACUUGACCCCUUAGCUUUCGACAUUGCCGGUGCGCAGACAUUGAGAAGGGAUGAGAAUAGGAGAAAAAGAAAACGAGGGGACACCGGUCAUGAGGACACCCCUCUGCCCCUGCAAUUGCGUCAAAUUUACACCGAUGGGCUAGCCAUCAGACAAAUCUGGGAGCAGGCAAGGAGGAUUCUAGAUGCUGCUUCCGAUGAAGUCGCCAAGAACAUCGUUGCCCAGGCUGCCCAGGACGAGCCCAUUGUCAAUGCUAUUGCAACAGAGAAUCGCCCCACCGAUGAGCAGGAGGAGAAGGAGGAGGAGGACGGCCUUGAUGAAGAAGCUCUCGAUGAGUGGGAGGACGAGAAAGAGAUUGAAGAAGAAGAAGAAGAAGAAGAAGAAGAAGAAGAAGAAGAAGAAGAAGAAGAAGAAGAAGAAGAAGAAGAAGAAGAAGAAGAAGAAGAAUAUGAUGAUGAUGAUGAUGGCGAUGGCAUUGGCAUUGACGACAACGAUACUGGACAAGACACUGAAGACAGCGACCAUCAGGACUCGUCCUCUAAAGCCAAGGACGCCAAUCCAGGAACCUAUCUUCAAGAUCCAAAUAACCUCAACGAUGGAUUCUUCUCCAUCGACGACUUCAACAAACAAACUCAAUUUCUUGAACAACAAGACGCUCGAGGCGACGAUGACAACCCAAGUGAUGAGGAUGAAGUCGAUUGGGAUGCUGACCCUUUGACCAUGGCCUUCUACAAGCCAAAAGAUCACGAGGGAACUAAAGGCAAGGGAAAACACGAGGAAGAAGCUGACUCCUCCGACGACGGCCCAACAUUCGGGGACGCCGAUUUGAGUGCCAUUGGCAGUGACGAAGAAAUCCUUGACCCUGAUGACGACCUUGAUCAAGGACUGGCUGGAAUCGACAACACAAAUGACAUUCGCUAUGCGGACUUUUUCGCCCCUCCUCCCAAGAAACCAUCCAGAUCCAACCGGAUGCGGGCUCUACCCAAAACACAGCCAAAGCCACGAAUCGCCAAUCAAACCGACUCGGACGCUGAAAACGACAUUUCUCGAGCCAUGGCAGAUGUGCGUCGAGAUCUGCUCGGAUCAGAGGAUGAAGCUUCCGAUGACGACUUAUCUGGGUCAGAUCUGGACAAGCCCUCGAUGAAGAAUUUGUCCACCCAUGAAAAACAGCGACUUCAAAUCGCGGCCGAGAUCCGUCGCCUCGAGGCCGCGAACAUCGCCAAAAAGGACUGGACCGUCUCCGGCGAAGCCCGUGGCGCCGACCGCCCAGUCAACUCCCUACUGGAAGAGGACCUUGAGUUCGAGCGCGUAGGCAAGCCGGUCCUUGUGGACACAGCCGAGACGACCGAGGAGAUUGAGCAGCUAAUCAAGCGCCGGAUUCUCGCACGAGAAUUCGACGAAGUGAUCCGCCGUCAUCCGGAUGCACUCGGCGACGCGAGCACGACGCGUCGUGGACGAGUGGAGCUGGACGACAACAAGCCCACAGCGGGGCUGGGUGAAAUCUACGAACAAGAACAUCUAAAAUCCACGGACCCGGGCUACGUGGACCAACGGUCCGCGGCGACCAAGAAGGCUCAGCAAGAAAUCAGCAGGAUCUGGAAAGAAGUCUCGUCCCAGCUCGACCUGCUGAGCAAUUUGAACUUCAAGCCUCGACGCGCACAGGCAGAGAUCAAGACCGUCGAAGACAAGCCGACCAUCUCCAUGGAAGACGCCCGGCCCGUCGGAGCGGGCGGAGAGGACAGCAUGCUCGCACCCCAGGAAAUUUACCGCCCGGGCGAGGACCAGAAGCGCAAAGGGGCCGGCGGCGACGACAACGACAUUGUCGUUCGAAAAGGCGGCUCGAGCGCCGCGAGAGACGAGAUGACCCGCGAAGAGAAGCUCCGGCGAAGGAGGCGGGAGAAGGAACGGAUCAAGAAAGCAAACCAGAUGCAGGGUACUACCGACGCCGCCCACCUGCAGAAGAACCGCGUCGAACGGCCGGGACGGAAACCCAAGGACGCCGAGAAGGAAGACAUCCUGACCCAGCUGCGAAAGGGCAACGUCAAGGUCAUCGACAAGAAAGGAGAAUUGCAAGAUCUGGCGGGCAAGAAGACGAGGAGGAAGAAGAGUGCCUCGGGCGGCAGGGACACCGACGUCGCCGCCAACGGAGGCGCCGGUAACUUGAAAUUGUAA